UCGUAUUUGCUCGGCUCGGUCUUUUGAGGUUAGUGGUGCUACUAUUUAUUGUAAGAUAUCGAUUAUUUUGCAACCCUUCCUGAUUUCUGCUAAACAACUGCAUUGCAUAUACAUUUUCCAUAUCACGUAUAAAUGAAAUGACACUUAAUAAAAAAUAUGAGACUUACAAAAAUUUAACAGAGAAAAUAUACACUAAAUGUCUGCAAAUACAAACAGAAAAUGAACGCAGCAUUAUGAGAGUAAAUGAAAUAAAAAAAUUACUACGCCGAAGAACAUACGAUGUGAUGUUAUUAAAAAAUAAACUGGACAAACAUGGUGAUAAUUGGCGUUCGAUACCAAUGAUGGUACCACAACCGAAGGGAAAGCCUGAACAAAAACGUCGUGGACCAAAACCUAAAAGUAAACACGUAGUUUCAAAUGCAGCAGCCGAAGUCAAAGAUCCUACACCUCGUAAGCCCAGAAAACAGCGUAUGAAACCCCAAUCAAAUAAUCUUCAAAUACGGACACAACUAUCUAUAGCUACAGCUUAAAAUUCCUUCGAAUUGCGUUUCUGCUAUAUAAAUUACAAUAAUUUGGAGUACUUAUAUAAAUAAAAACAAAUUUAAAGACUA